AAUUGUUGAUUGUACGACACGGAUCGGAUCAGACACCGUUCAAUCAUCGUCAGUCUCUGUUGAUCGUACAGAUCGCUGCUCCGUUGGUUCUGCUUGUUUACACCUAAUUUCAACAAGGAUGAUGGUACAAAAAAUUGCCCUUAUGACGGCUCUCCUGCUGGCUGCUAGCUACGAAUGCCACGCCAAGCCCCAACGACUGAUCUGCUACUACACGAACUGGUCCCAUGCCCGACCGAACGAGCACCGGUACGACCUAGAGGACAUUCCGGGCGACCUCUGCACUCACGUGGCGUACGCGUUCGUUGGCGUCGACGAAGCUACCUCACGCAUCAGCUCCCUCAAGCCCGAGUACGAUGAGGACGCCGGGCAGAACGGAUUCGAGCGGUUUCGUGACCUGAAGGAACGGUUUCCGCAUCUUCGGCUGAUCGUUUCCGUGGGCGGCUGGACACACGGUGGCGGUGCGUUUAGCAGGAUGGCCUCAUCACGUGCUGCCCGGUUGGAGUUUGUAACCAGUGCGGUCACCUUCCUGGACCGGUACCGGCUCGAUGGGCUGGAAAUUGUUUGGCUAUGGCCGGGAGCGCCCGAGCGUGAUGGCAAGCGGGAGGAUAAGGAUAACUUUUACUACCUCGUGGGUGACUUGCGGGACGCCUUCCGGCGGGCUGGUAAGGGUUGGGAGGUGUCCGUGCAGGUACCGGUUGAUAGGGCCCGCAUUGCCGUUGGCUAUCAGCAAGAGUGGCUCUGUCAAGCUGCUGACUACAUACAGCUUGCCGGGUAUGAUUUGCGUGGUCCCUGGACGGGAUAUGCCGAUGUCCAUAGCGUACUGAGACGAAGAUCGCACGACGUGCACUACUUUGCCACCUUCAACAUAGAGGAUGGCAUCACCUCCUGGCUGGGUAAGGGCUGUAGAGCGAAUCAGCUCGUACUCGGUCUUCCAUUGUACGGCCGUAGCUAUGUGCUGAAGAAUGCAACCCUCGCCACGGGCCCGGGAGCGCCGGCGAUCGGACCGGGUGAGCAAGGACCGAUCACGAACGAUCCGGGACUGUUGGGGUACUUUGAGUUGUGUGAACUGCUGAAGGAUCGUAACUGGACGUAUGGAUGGGAUGAGGUGGCACAGGCAGCGUACGCGUAUCGCGCCAACCAGUGGAUUGGCUACGAGAGUGCGGAAUCUCUGACAGCGAAAGCACAGUGGGUCGUUGGGAAGGGAUUGGGUGGCAUAUACGCAUACACGCUGGAUUUGGACGACUACCGGGGGCACUGUGGCGAAACGCAUGGUCUGCUGCGUAGUUUGCAUCGGGAAUUGCGAAAUGGUAGCGACGUUGAAGUAGAUUUCGCUAUAUUCAGAGAAGGAGGAGUUUUCUAGUUGCUUGAAAAUGUCUGUUGACUGUUGUCGAUUGACAGGAUGCAAAGUUCUAGCAAUAUUUGGCAAUAAAAUUAAAUAGCACGAAA